AUGGUGACUAUUGAAGACAUUAAACAAGAGUUGGCGAAGGCACACAAGGAGUUUAACGAAGCGAAGGCAGAGCUGAAAGGGAUUCAGGAGGGUAGAGUAGAGAAGGCUGGAGAAAGAUGUUUAAAAGUGUAUAGCACUGGUGAAAUUGCUACAGGAGAGACUAACUAUAGCACUACAGAUAGGUAA